AAGAAACAACCUCCUAUAAACAGAAAUUGUUUCACCUCACAAUUUUCUCUCCCUUUCUCGAGCUUCUCACCAUUUUCCGGGAAAGUUUACAGAAACAAUCGCCCCAAAUUCUCGAGGAAAAAAAAAGCAAGGGUUUUCCUCCGACUUUGGGCUCCGCUAGGAGUUUCUCAUCGAUGGAUCAACCUGCGCUUUCCGCAAGAACAAGCCCCAGACGUCGGCCUCUCGAGACCUGUGGAGCUGCGAUUAUCGCCACGGCUCGUGUCUGUUACACCAGAAGCCAAAAUGUUAAGAGCUCGACGGCUAAACUCGUCAACAACACGUUCAGAGCCGCGCUAUACGUCUCAUCGUUCAUGAGCCCCUUCCAUCGUUAUCUCCUGGCCAUGCUCUCUGUCGCAGACGAUCGCAUUCUCGCGCUGCAAGAAACCCUAGAAACCUACCUCCCAUUCACGAGAUUCAUCUCCCUCAAAAUCCAACAUUUGCUGGUAAUCACAGAGACCCUUCCCGAAAAACUGGACAAUGCGAUGGAGAAAGCUCCCGGAUUGAUCAACCACGCCUCGGCGUUAGACUGGAUAUUGGCUCUCGCCAUCUAUUACCUCGAUUGCUUGGUGGGUGUCCUGACAAGGUUUAGAGACAGAAGCUCAAAGGAGAAGGAGAAGGAGAUUAUGGUGGAUAAGAGUUUCAGCUCGUCUGGGUCGGUGUUUCUCGACGAGGAAGAGAAGAAACCAGAGCCGGAAAAGACAAGGGCGACGUACAAGGAAGUGUUGCAGAAGUGGAACGUCAAGGAAGAUGCAAGCGACGAUGAUGGCAGCGACCCGAUUCUUGAACUGUUCGAGACGAGAUGGAUACUGAAUCCCACGAUGCGAAGCUGCAGAAGCGCAGAUUCUCUCAUGCUCUCACUCACAUCCUGAACCAUGUCUGAAGCUGACUUUUUCUGUCUGUUCAUCCAUUAGUUUCUGUGGUUUCUUGCUCUGUCCGAAUCAAAAGUGUUUCGAUCUUCUUGUCUUGGGCAAGAACAGGAAGAGGAAAAAGAAGAAACAGUGUCUGAAAGAUGUUUUUUUUUUUGCCCA